CUCUACUGCUAAUAAUCAUUCCGACGACAACCGACAAACGAGCGCAUAUAUCCACACCGGCAGCACCACGGCAGUAUCACGAUCAGCUUUGCAGCGACGAGGGUGGGGUCACGUCACGAGCCCAUGCCAAAGCUCCAUACCAACCACUCAGCACCAUAUACAAGUCUACCCACCUGCCGGCCAGCCUUGAGCUCCUCCCUCCUCCUCUCGCCUCAGUGGCAAUCCUCCUCCCUCUCCUUACCCAACCAUGGCCAUGUUCGAACGCCGCUCCUCUAUGGAGUCCUUCGAACGCUGGCGCUCCCAAUCACCAACCGGCUCCGAACGACGGAAACUCUCCUUCAACCCCGUCGGCGAAUGGACACCUCAACCCUCCGAAGCAAUAGCACCUGUCGGAGCUUCCGAAGUCAGCAAGGGCAAGAGAAUAGCACAAGUGGCUGUGGCGGUCGUGUACUGCCUCUUCGCAGCUGGACCGGUAUUUGGCUUUGCGGCGUUCAAGCCGGUUUUGGUGCAAGAGGGUGUAUAUCAGGACAAAUGUACGGCGAAAGAGGUCGAGGAUGGAGUCUGGGUGUGCUAUGAGCAGGAACUGAGACUGAACUUGAUGUUCACGAUUGCGGCUGUGUCGACGAAUGUCUGCGCUCUUCCGGUGGGGACGAUACUCGAUCGGUUUGGUCCCAGGAUCGCGAGUAUCGUUGGGACGGUCUUCUUGCUGGCUGGAGCGCUCUUCCUCGCCUUUGCUGCGGAUCUGUACAAGUGGUUUGAUGCGUACAUUCCGGGAUACCUCUUUCUCGCCCUCGGAGGUCCUUUCGUCUUCAUAUCGUCCUUCCAGCUGAGCAACACCUUCCCUCAACGCUCCGGACUGAUCCUCGCUCUCCUCACCGGCGCCUUCGAUACUUCAAGUGCAGUCUUCCUGAUGUACCGCAUCAUCUUCCAAUCCACAGACGGCGAAUUCAACACCAAGAAAUUCUUCCUGGUCUACAUCAUCGUCCCGAUCCUCGUCUUCAUCGCUCAACUCACACUCAUGCCCUCAAAUUCCUACAAAACCGUUGGCGAGCUCACCAACAAACAAGUCGAAGACGACAUCCCAUCCUCACGCACCCACCGCGACAGCAACGCCUCUGAAAUGUCCGCUCUCCUCGGCUCCAAAUCCGCAACCACCGCCACCGAAAAAGAACGUCAAAAAGCCGCCCGCUCCGGCGUCUUCGGCGCUCUCCAUGGCCAAACUCCCCUUCAACAAAUCCGCACCCCCUGGUUUAUCCUCAUCACCCUCUUCACCGUCAUCCAAAUGCUGCGAAUCAACUACUUCGUCGCUACAGUGCGCACGCAAUACACCGACCUGCUGCACUCUCACGCCGCCGCCGUACACAUCAACGACGUUUUCGACAUCGCACUUCCUCUCGGCGGCGUGAUCGCCGUGCCUUUCAUCGGGUUCGUGCUCGACUAUACCUCCACACCCUUUGUUCUCGGCCUGCUUGUCUCCAUCGCCACCACCAUCGGUAUCUUCGGUGUGAUACCACAUUUCUGGGCGGCAUAUGCGAACAUCGCCCUGUUCGUCAUCUAUCGUCCGCUGUACUAUACCGCUGUAUCCGACUACAGCGCCAAAGUCUUCGGCUUCGAAACCUUCGGCAAAGUCUACGGACUAAUCAUAUGUCUCGCGGGACUGUUCAAUUUCACGCAAGCCGGACUGGACGCCUUGACGCAUAAAGUGUUUGGGAACGACCCGGUGCCAGUAAACUUGGUGUUGCUGGGAAGCGCGCUCGUCGUGGGUGUAGCGCUUGUGGGAUACGUGUGGAAGAAGGCGAGGGAUAUGAGGGGUGGAGUGGGAAGGGAUGAGCUGGAAGAGGAGGCGGAGGAGGCGAGGGAGGUGGUCAUGUCCGGGGCGGAAGAGGAGAGGGUCAACAGACGGCAUGGGCAUCAGGGGUAUGGGACGGAUUGA